CGUCAGCAAGUGGUGCAGGAAGAUGGGGGACGACGAGAGAUGAGGGAGACCUCAAAAAACACCAGGACCGCACAGGCCAUGAAACGUGUGUGUGUGUGUGUGCGUGUGUGUGUGUGUCUCCUCCUGUCAGUUAUGAUGACAGACAGUCGCAGCCAGUGUGUUGGUACACAGCCUGAUCGGGAAGCAUGGGGCUCAAGCUCAGUGGCAAGGGACAACAGAGCCACAGGAUGGUGAUCUUGGCGGCCAUCUUCGUCCUCAUGACACUCCUCAUCCUGUAUGGGUCCAACAAUGUCAUCGAUGAUGUCUACGCUCCCUUCCGUGUGGCUACAAAUCACGCGCUCAAGACCACAGAUCUGAAGAAGUGGGCUGGGAGAGAAGGUUAUGUGCCAGUUAAUGGGAACAAGAAUAUGACCCUACGCUGUCAUAACUGUGCGCUGGUGACGAGCUCCAGCCACGUCCUGGGUACUCGAGCAGGGGAAGAGAUCGACCGUACAGAGUGUGUGAUUCGUAUGAAUGACGCCCCCACGUUGGGGUACGAGACUGAUGUAGGGAACCAGACCUCUCUGAGGGUCGUGGCUCACUCCAGUGUUUUUAGGGUGGUCCGGAGGCCGAGUGAGUUCUUACACCGGGCAGACAGCAACCCUGUGAUCAUCUUCUGGGGACCCCCAAACAAGAUUGGGAAGGAAUCCAAAGGAACCUUGUACAGAUUGAUCCAGAGAGUCAGCAUGACCUACAGCAACUUGUCUUGUUUCAGUAUCACAGCAAACAAGAUGCGCAGAUUUGACAGUCUGUUUCAUAGGGAGACGGGGCGAGAUAGACAAAAAUCUCACUCGUGGUUGAGCACAGGCUGGUUCACCAUGGUCAUAGCCAUUGAGAUAUGUGAUAACAUCAAAGUAUAUGGGAUGGUUCCACCCAACCACUGUGGAAAGAAAUCUGGAUUGAAGAAGAUGCCCUACCACUACUACAAGCCCAGGGGGUCUGAUGAAUGUGUAACAUACAUACAGAACGAGAGCGGCCGAAGAGGGAACCACCAUCGCUUUAUUACAGAGAAACAGGUGUUUGCACGCUGGGCAAAACAGUACAACAUCACCUUCAUUCAUCCCAAAUGGUGACAAGACUUUUGUGAAAACCACAAGAUCUCACAGAGGCCUGAAUGAGUGCUGGAUUUCAACGUAAUGUCCCAUCGAAUGAGCCUUUAAACAGCCACAUGAUGAAUGACAGCUACUUUCAGGAAUUGCCACGUGGAUGAAAAAAAGCUUUUGGAAAACUAUUAUUGGACCAAAUUACUGGAGGAGAUGUCUGGGAAUGUUUUCUGUCGAAGAGGAAUCAAUUUUUAUAUGUUUAUAUUUUUGUUAAUAUGUAUUGAAACUGCACUCGUGUUUCCAAUGUUGAGGGUGGAUUAUAUCAGCAAGCAUUUAAAGAU